CCACAAAGCCCCGAGUCCACCAACGAGCUAGGGUUUUUCCGCUCCGCCGCAAAGCACCACGCACGAUCCAGAUCCCCCCUAACCCUAACCCUUCCUCUCCGGCGGCGGCGGCGCAGAGAGAGAGAGGCACUACCGAGCGAAGAUGAGGCCGAUCCUGAUGAAGGGGCACGAGCGCCCCCUCACGUUCCUCCGCUACAACCGCGACGGGGACCUCCUCUUCUCCUGCGCCAAGGACCACACCCCCAACGUCUGGUUCGCCGACAACGGCGACCGCCUCGGCACCUACCGCGGCCACAACGGCGCCGUCUGGUCCUGCGACGUGUCCCGCGACUCCACCCGCCUCAUCACCGGCAGCGCCGACCAGACCGCCAAGCUCUGGGACGUGCAGACCGGGAGGGAGCUCUUCACGUUCCGGUUCGACGCCCCCGCCCGCUCCGUCGAGUUCGCCAUCGGCGACGGCCUCGCCGUCAUCACCACCGACAACUUCAUGGACAACGCGCCCACCGCCCAGGUCAAGCGCAUCGCCGAGGACCCCGAUGACCAGUCGGAGGAGUCUCUUCUCGUGAUUACUGGCAUCAAGGGGAGGAUUAACAGGGCCGUGUGGGGGCCGUUGAACAGGACCAUCAUCACCGCUGGUGAGGAUGCCACCGUCCGCCUUUGGGAUACCGAGACCGGAAAAUGUCUGAAGGAGUCGGACAAGGAGCAAGGACAUCAGAAAACAAUUAGUUCGCUUUCAAAAUCUGCAGAUUGGUCACAUUUCCUUACAGGAUCCUUGGAUAAGUCUGCUAAGCUAUGGGAUACAAGAACUCUGACCCUGAUCAAGACAUAUGUCACUGAGCGACCUGUGAAUGCUGUUGACAUUUCUCCACUGCUGGACCAUGUGGUAAUUGGAGGUGGUCAAGAUGCGAUGAAUGUGACUAUGACAGACCGCCGUGCGGGUAAAUUUGAAGCAAAAUUCUUUCACAAGAUUUUGCAAGAGGAAAUUGGUGGUGUUAAAGGGCAUUUUGGACCAAUUAACGCACUGGCAUUUAAUCCUGAUGGACGGAGCUUUUCGAGUGGUGGUGAAGAUGGGUAUGUAAGACUGCACCAUUUUGAUUCGGACUACUUCAACAUUAAGAUUUAACCUAGAAGUUUUACAGUUUUCUCCGAGGCUGCGUUUGAGAGAUAGGCUGAAGGUACAUUGUGGUUGAGGCGGAGCUGUUACAGCACCACGUGGAGAGAUUCAGGCGCAGUGUUUAGCUACUGAUGGUGUACUGCUGCUCAGGCAUUCAUGUUGCACUGGACAUCCAACUCUGUAGAUGCUCGAGAGAUUUUGUACAUUCAGCAAUCGAAAGCUCCUCAUACUGCAAUACUAGCUUGGUUUUGUUUCCAUUGUUCUUGUUUCCUGUCAACUAUAUAUCAUACUUUGGGCA